AUGGAAAGUAAUAAAGACGAAGCAUUAAAAUGUCUUUCAAUAGCAAAAAGUUCCUUGGAAAAGGGAGACUAUGCAAAGGCAUUACGAUUCACUGAAAAGUCCAUUCGUUUGUUUCCAACUGCUCAAGGAGAACAAUUGUUGUCAUUGGUGAAAAAGAAGAGCUCUGAACCCAAUAAAUCAAGUUAUACCACAUCAUCAACAAAUGCCACAUCGACUCCAUCUCGCCAACAAACCAGCACGCCUGAACCGGCGCAAGAGCGAAAGUAUACUGCUGAACAAGUGAAAGCUGUAAAAACCAUUUUGGCCUGUGGUAGAGACUAUUAUAAGGUAUUGUCUGUAGAAAGAACAGCAACCGAUGUACAAAUCAAAAAAGCAUACAGAAAACAAGCUUUGCAAUUUCAUCCUGACAAAAAUAGUGCGCCAGGUGCGGACGAAGCUUUCAAAUUGGUUGCCAAGGCAUUUGAUGUAUUAUCAGACUCAAACAAACGAGCCAUCCACGACGAAGGAGGAGACGCAGACAGCAGUCGAGGACGAACAUCGUCUUAUCAUCAACAGCAUCAACAGCAUGCAUACAACAGAAGAUAUGGUGAUGAGGUGUCGCCAGAGGAUCUAUUCAACAUGUUCUUUGGUGGAGGUAUGCGUAACAAUUUUGGACCUAGUUUCAGGGCACAACAGCAACAGCAAAGAUAUAGACAGCAACAGCAACGAUUUAGACAACAACAAAGACAUCAGAGAGCGGGUGAUGGGGAUCUGUCUAGUGGUUUAUCACAAAUGAUGCCAAUUAUUCUUAUAUCUAUUCUUGCCAUCUUCGCGCUACUCUUUUCAUUUGACGGAGAGCCACUCUACACGUUCCGUCCUCAACCACCCAACACGAAUCUGAGAAGCACCAAAUCCAACCACAUCAAUUAUUACGUCAAUCCAAAGGUGUUUGAUACAACCGUCAAGAACAACAUGUAUAAAUUUCAGAGAACAGAGAGGCAGAUUGAGAGUGAAUGGUUGGGUGAGCUGAGGGCUGCUUGUACUCAAGAGCAGAGACAAAGGGCAAAUUUGAUGGCUCAAGCAGACGGUGUUGUGUUUGGCAUUAUUGGACGAAAUGAAAAGGCUUACAAUAAGGCGGCAAAUAUGAAAAUGAAGAAUUGCGAUGAAUUAAGGAGGUUGGCUCCCAAGAUCAGAGGUUGA